GUCGGUAGCCCGUGUAGCUUGUGCGUAAUCGGUCCAUCGGAGAACGAGAGCUGCUGUUCCUAGCAGCAUUAUUCCGCCGCACGCUCCCCUCUGCAUCACGACCAUGGUAUUUACAAACUUCGGGGAAAGAGAACAUUAACAACCCGAGUGCCUCUACUAAAAGCCGUCUAAAAAGUCACGCGGAAAAGUCCUGUCUCCUGUCUUCUAAAUUGCCCUUGUUUUCGCGUGCCAUUGGUCGGUGUGGUCGCGCAGUGCCCGCCUUUGGCUAGCUCCGCUCCCGGAUUGGCUACUGCGCUUGGCCGUCUCCUGGAACCCCAGCGGAGGCGUGAGUGCGUACGGGAGCCCGCUAUGAGGAGUAAUCAGUUUCGGACGCGUUGUCGAGCCAAGCAGCAGGUCCCGAUGCUCAAGUUGAAGCGACGCACGGCAGAGAUGAAGGCGGACGCCGAUUGGCUCUGAUUUUUAAAAGUCCCUUUUCAUUCAAGAGGUUGGCCGUCAUCAACAUGGCAGAGGAGCCCUCGGUCUCGGUACCCGCUGCAAAAAUGGCGUCACUUAGCCGGGUCCGAGCCCUGACUUUAAUUUUCUUAACUGUCAACGGAUACCUAAUUACCCCGACAAGUGGCAGCAAGGAGGGCGGCGAGGAGACGGUCAUCAUUGGACUGAGGCUGGAGGACACGGAUGACGUUUCCUUCAUGGACAGGGGCUUCUUGCGGGUGAGCGAGCGAUCCCGGGUGAAGCUGAGGGUCUACGGGCAAAACAUAAACAACGAGACGUGGUCCAAAAUCGCCUUCACGGAACACGAGCGCUCCAGAGUCGUCGGGAGCAUAGACAGCUCCUCCGGUGGGGAGAACCAGAGCGAAGAGGAGACGGCAGGCGGAAGACUGCAUCCCUGUGGGAUCAGGACUUCGGAUAUAAUUAUUUUGCCCAACAUAGUCUUGAAUCGCAAGACGUCGGGGAUUGUGGAAAUCGAGGUCAAACCUUUGCGAAAGACGGAGAGGAGUAAAGCCUACUACCUGUGCGUCGCCACUUCGGCACCUGCCGCCCUGGCAGGAGCGCACGAUCCGUGGACGGAGCAUACUUGGAUCUAUCACGAAGGCGACGACACGAAAGUGAUCGUGGUGGAGGAGAGAAAGUUCUUGCUGCCCUUUUGGGUUCAGGUGGUUUUCAUUUCCAUGUUGCUCUGCCUCUCCGGGAUGUUCAGCGGGUUGAAUCUCGGACUCAUGGCACUGGACCCCAUGGAGUUACAGAUUGUUCAGAACUGCGGGACGGAGAGGGAGAAGAACUUCGCCAGAAAAAUCGAGCCCGUGAGAAGCCAGGGGAAUUACUUGCUCUGCUCGCUGCUACUGGGAAACGUGCUGGUGAACACGACCUUGACCAUAUUGCUGGAUGAUAUUGCGGGCAACGGGCUGAUCGCUGUCGUGAUGUCCACCGUCGGUAUUGUCAUCUUCGGUGAGAUUGUGCCACAAGCCAUAUGUUCCAGGCACGGGCUGGCAGUGGGUGCCAAUACAAUUAUGCUGACCAAAUUCUUCAUGCUUCUGACGUUCCCCGCGUCCUACCCGGUAAGCAAACUGCUGGACCACCUGUUAGGCCAGGAGAUAGGCACCGUGUACAACCGUGAGAAACUCCUGGAGAUGCUGCGAGUGACGGAUCCGUAUAACGACCUGGUGAAAGAAGAACUGAACAUCAUCCAGGGCGCGCUGGAGUUACGGACUAAAACCGUGGAGGACGUCAUGACGCCGCUGCGGGACUGUUUUAUGAUCCCCGGCGACGCCAUCCUGGACUUCAACACCAUGUCCGAUUUGAUGGAGAGCGGGUACACGCGCAUCCCGGUGUUCGAGGGCGAGCGCUCCAACAUCGUGGACCUGCUGUCCGUCAAGGACCUGGCGUUCGUGGACCCCGACGACUGCACGCCCCUGAAAACCAUCACCAAGUUUUACAGCCACCCGUUGCAUUUCGUUUUUAACGACACAAAGCUGGACGCAAUGCUGGAGGAAUUCAAGAAAGGUAAAUCCCACCUGGCCAUCGUGCAGCGGGUGAAUAACGAAGGCGAGGGUGACCCCUUCUACGAGGUGCUAGGAAUCGUCACCCUGGAGGACGUCAUCGAGGAGAUCAUCAAGUCCGAGAUAUUGGAUGAAACAGACCUGUACACCGACAACAAAACAAAAAAGAAAAUCACCCAUCGGGAGAGGAAGCAAGAUUUCUCGGCCUUCAAGCACACCGACAAUGAAAUGAAGGUUAAAAUAUCACCUCAGCUGCUACUGGCUACUCUGCGUUUCCUAGCAACAGAGGUGGAACCCUUUGGGCCAGCGCAGAUGUCGGAGAAGAUCCUGCUCAGGCUCCUGAAGCACCCCAACGUCAUACAGGAGAUCAAGUACAACGAGAAGAACAAGCGGGCGCCCGAGUACCAGCUCUUCCACCGCAACAAGCCCGUCGAUUACUUCGUCCUCAUCCUGCAGGGUAAGGUGGAGGUGGAGGCCGGCAAAGAGGGGAUGAGGUUCGAAGCCGGAGCAUUCUCCUCCUACGGAACGAUAGCGCUCACAGCCACUCCAGUUCCCCUCUCCCUGUCUCGUUCCUUAAUGGCCAGUAGAACUGAGUCGAUAGCUGGAUCCCCAGAGAACAAGUCUCCUCCACGGCCGCCGUUCGCCUUAAACCACUCCGACUCCCUAAACCGCCACGAGCGUAUUGAGGCCAUCACGCCAACGUUGGCCGGGGGAAACAACCAGCUCAACACCUUUCUGCAGAUCUACGUGCCUGACUACUCCGUCCGAGCCGUCACAGACCUACAGUACAUCAAGGUGACCCGGCAGCAGUACCAGAACGCCUUGAUGGCCUCGCGCAUGGACAAGAUGCCCCACUCCUCCACCGUGGAGGGCGAAUACACGCGCAUCGAAAUUACUCUCAACGAGCUUCAGGACACCCCCCUGGUGGUGGCCGACGAGACUGCAUCGCUGCUGCUGCACCAGCAGCCCACUGCAACGAAGCCACAGUCACAGACACAAGCGAAGUCACUGACACAAGUGCUUUUGCCACAGACACAAGCACUGCCGCUGCCACUGCCACUGCCACAGACACAGACACAGACACAAUUGCAAGUGACACCGAAGGGGCAACAGAACUGUGUGAGUCACAGCAAGGCUAACCACACGGGCCACAGCGAAGUGCCCAUGUAACCUCUGGAGGGGUGGAGGAGGGCAGCAGUAAGGGGGGGAGGAAAGGAGGACGGAGGAAGCAGAGGUGUCAGUUCUCGAUCCAGAAAGUUUCCUUUCCAACACAGGUGACUUCGAAAAGUAGCUGGUCUUCCUGUCUUUUCAGAGCUGGUUAGAACCAAUUUUUGUUUUUUUGUGGUUUUUUUUGAGGGGGCGUUUACUUUCUGAACCAACUGAGAGCAGUGCCGGUGCCCGUUCCCAUUUCCGCACCUAAUCGCGAACCAGCCGGCGUGUUCACGUCGCAAAUCUUAGCGCUCGCUAACCGGAGAGUUGGUUCGCGAUGCAAACUUAAAAAUACUUGGGUUUAUUUCUCUGCGAACUGUAAGGACAGCAUAGACAUCAGCAGGUUCAUCUGGGUAACACAGUCACGUAAGGAAAAAGUCCAGAGCCCGGUAUGAACACGGAUGAUUUGCAGGUAAGCACUUUAGUGCCGAACGUAACGGGUGCGGGUACCAACACCAGCACCGUUCUGGUCGACCUGAAAACAGUAAAUGAGUACUCAAGACAGGCCAGUUCCUCAGUGAAGUCACCUGUGUUGGAGGGAAACCGUGGCAAGGGCUAUUGCUUCUGAACCUGGGGUGCAUUUCUCGAAAGCAUAGUUGCUAACUACGCUAGCUACUUUGUUGGUUGCAAUGCUAUUUCCCAUUGGCAACUACCCAAGUUGCUAACUGCUAACAACUACGCUUUCUAGAAAUGCACCCCAGGUUUUCACGCUUCUGGGAGAGAAAAAUGAGAGUGUGGGAGGGAAAGAGAAUGACCUAAGAGAGAGAGAGGCAGGAGAGCAUGGGGUGAUGGCUAGGAGUUUAGGCGACGACUCCGGCCACUUCUCUCCCCAACUUGUGCCCAAAAUAUCCCCCCUCCAACCCCAUGGCAGCAUAGUGGCGGGUCGCUUGGUUGAAGCGAUGCCUGGACACAGCGCGCCUCCUUCACCCCAUAUGAACCCCUGCAAACGAAAGACUAUUCACCACAUUUUAGGGACU